AUGAGUAUUUCCUUGGAAAUAAACUCUGAGUGUUUCCUCAUUUCAUUCCACCUUACCCAAAUUUGUCUACUUUCUUCUCUGAAUCAACUUUCCCAUUGUAUCCACAGAACCCAAGAAAACCAGACUGCUGGAGUGACAUUCAUCCUCCUGGGCUUUUCAGAAUACCCAGAGCUCCAGGUGCCCCUGUUCAUGCUCUUCCUGACCAUCUACACAGUCACUGUGCUGGGCAACACAGGCAUGAUCCUGGUUAUCAGGGUCAACCCCAAACUCCACACCCCCAUGUACUUUUUCCUCAGUCACUUGUCCUUCAUUGAUUUCUGCUACUCUCCCAAACUCUUAGAAAACUUGGUGGUGGAAGACAGAACCAUCUCCUUCCCAGGCUGCAUCCUGCAGUUCUUCUUUGCAUGCAUAUUUGUGGUGACAGAGACAUUCAUGUUGGCAGUGAUGGUCUAUGACCGAUUUGUGGCCCUGUGCAAUCCUCUCCUCUACACAGUUGCAAUGUCCCAGAAGCUGUGCUACUUGUUAGUUGGAGCAUCAUACUCUUGGGGGCUAGUCUGUUCCUUGACACUUACUUACUUUUUACUGAAAUUAUCUUUCCAAGGAAAUAAUACCAUAAAUAACUUUGUUUGUGAGCAUGCUGCCAUUGUUGCUGUAUCCUAUUCAGAUCCCUAUAUUAACCAGAAUAUCAUAUUAGUGUCUGCUACCUUGAAUGAAAUAAGCAGCCUGGUGAUCAUUCUUGCUUCCUAUGUUUUCAUUUUUAUCACAGUCAUGAAGAUGCCUUCAGGUGGGGGUCAUCACAAAGCCUUCUCCACAUGUGCCUCCCAUCUGACUGCCAUUACCAUCUUCCAUGGGACCAUCCUUUUUCUCUAUUGUGUUCCAGUCACCAAAAGUUCCUGGCUCAUGGUUAAGGUGGCCUCUCUCUUCUAUACAGUGGUCAUCCCCAUGUUGAACCCCCUGAUCUACAGCCUCGGAACAAAGAUGUGA